ACAGAUGGUCUCCCUGUUCCUGCUGCUCUGUAUCCACUCAAUGGUCUACACGGAACACGUGACAUCAGUGCAAACAAAAACUCACCGGGAAUACCAAGCGGUGUCCACCUCGCACCGGGCCCCUAUGGAAACCCCCAAGGCUCAUAUCAGUUCUCUGGUAGCUCUACCAGUUACAUCGAGAUACCCAACAACGGAGGCCUGGACACAAGAUAUUCUAUAACAAUUCUCGCCUGGGUGAAUCGCGAAAACAAUCAGGGUCCUAUCUUUAAUUAUAAUACACAACGUCCAAUAGAAUUCCACUUUUGGAUCUGGAUUGGUUCAGGAAACGCCUAUGCUUCUAAUCCCCAUUGGAUCUCUACUACUCACUCACCAAUGGCUCCAUAUACAUGGUACUACAUUGGUAUUACUUACGAUUAUUCGUCAGGGAUCGCACAAGUGUGGUUAAAUGGAGAAGCCAAGUCUAAGGUGAUAAGCAAAAAGAUCUAAAGGAAUACUGGGUCUGUUUACUUCAUCAUUACAGACCACGGGUAUCACUCUAGAGAACUGCUUUUUAUCAAUUUUCAUAUGUAAGCAAACAAUUUUUCUUAAAUACAAAUAAGCAAAAUCGGGCAGAGACCUUGAGAACGUCACAUGACCUGACUUGGGAAGCAAACAAACCAGUUGAGGUUUAUUCCCCACCCGUAUGAAUCCACUUUAAUUGAAAAUAUUUUAUUCUCAAGAUUCACCUUCAUUUGUGACGUAUUUGAGCAAAACGUCCACAGAUAAUGCACCCUGCGCCGAAGCAGAGCCGGGUAUGAAUCUGUUGGCAAAGGACAAAGACCUCAAUAUAGCAACGGCAUUUCCAUGAACCAAAGUAGUAAACAACAUCGUUCAUAGGAAACGAAAACUACCGGGAAACGGUAAUUGUGUUUCCACUUUCGUUAAAUUAAUAUCGUUCAUAGAAAAACGAAAACUACCGGGAAACCGGUAAUUGUGUUCCCACCUUUGUUAAAUUAAUAUAGUUUCUUCUUCUUCUUUUUCUUCAGUCUUAUAACCUAAAAGCCAAUUCUUCUCCUGAGAAGGGUAUGCUUCUGGACCCCCUAGUUUGCUCACGCUUUCGCGUUCGGUCGAAACUUAAACUGAAAAAACAGGUUGCAGUAAAUUUACUACCAAAAUUCUACUUUUUCUAUUCACCGAUAACCUCCCAUACUAGUAAAAAACAGCAAAUAUAAGCAGACCCAAUGAGGAGACGACGUGCAAACGUUUUGGAAUGUUUUUGUACCUCGAAAUUUAUUUUUGUUGUUGCCGCCACUGGGUCAGUCUUCAAAGAAUACUUUUUAACUAUACCGCUUGUUCUCUAAUCACUCUGCAGUGAAACGAGAACAAAUCAUUUUCACUCUAGAAGCCAUGAAACGCAGACAAGAAUCAGGAAUAGGCAUCUCGUUUAUUGAUAGCUAGAACACGGGCAAAAUACAUGAAUAAACAUACUACAAACUACAGCUAACGAAGACGUAAGCUAACGAUAAUGUCUAUAAUGUACAAUCUGGUAAUAACCUUUCUGAAAGAUUAAAUAUAAUAACAAAAAAGAUAACAAAUACAAGAAAAUUUACAGAACGGUAGCGAGAGAUGCCGUCAAGUGACCUUAAAUCCGCAAAGAGCACCUUAUAUACCUGAUAACAAAUAAUCACGCACACUGUCAAAAUAACUCACACGACAAAUACCAACACAUCCGUAUGCAAAGCACUGAAGCAACGUGCAUUCCUUAACGCGAGAAAAUACAUUUAUACCUUUGAACUUGCCGGUGGACCUGUACCGUUCUAAACCUCUUAUUUCAUUGGUCCCCUUUGCUUUAAUCUGCACUUCCAUUGUUUUCAGGGAUGGGGGCAUUGUUAUGUCACAAUCCCUAUUGUUUUUCCAACCAAUCACAAACAAUCUUUCAAAUAGGUGCAGAUACUUGCUAUGUAACAGAGAUUGAUACAAAGGGGGGUGAAUGGAGAAUUGAGGCUUGACGAAAACAGGUUCAGGCCUACAUAAAAAAGCGAUUUAGUAUUACUAAAAUUUAAAAAGUCGUUGUUUCUUAAGAGGAACACGUCAAUUAAUUAUUCCUUUCCAAUUUUAGGUUACUGUUAGUGUCCCUGGUUCUUUUGAGAUUACAACUCGAUCGGACGUUCGAAUGGGAGCGUUGCAAAACGACCAUAGGUACUUCAAAGGUCGCGUCUGUUGUCUUCAGGUGUACAACAUAGCACUUAAUGAACAAGAAAUCAUUGCAAUGCAAAACAGGACUUUUUGGUUUUGCCAUCGAGGUAAGCACAAGAUGAUUUGGAUUAUCUUCAUAACAUCAUCAUCCGCGCCCAGUGGGGCAAAGGGCGCGAAAAAAAGUCCUCUUUUCAGGCCUGCUUUUGGCCAACUGAAUAUCAUACCAACGCUACCCUCGCAUAAAAUAGUUUGGCUGAGCUCUUCCACCGACUCAGAAAAUGAUCGAGUCUUUCUGAGCGUGGUUCUGUAACCAACAUGGUUUUAGGAGAGUGCCCCUCUAUCUCUCCUAUCUCUUCCUACACCCUCGCCAACAAUUUUUGUGAGUGCUUCCUUACAACUCUCCUCAUUCAUACUUCGAAUCAUUUUGUUUUCAACUACUAACUGAAAACAUUGUUGUUUUUUUUCUAUUAGCAGAUCAAUCGAUCUUUGGAAAUGUCCAACCAGUCGUCGGUGCCAGAGAAAGCAACCUGGUUAAAACAUACAAAGCCUCUACAGUAGUGCAAUGUUUAUUACGCUGUUCACGCAUGCCUGAGUGUAAAUCCGCCGCCAUUGAAGAGAUUAGCACCAGUCGAUCAUCUACAGGCUACUGCCAGCUUUACCAAGCACUAUUUAAAACGAGUAUAGGAGAUGGCGUCUAUUUUCAGAACAAACAGUAUUAUAACAUAAAGAAGAAGGUGGUCUAA